CGAGUUCCAAAAAAAAUAUAAGUGGUUUUUAAAAACUGGGUCUUAGUUCGAUUUAUCUCGUUAUUUAUGACCUUACGGUAGAUUUAGAAAUGCCCAAAAUUAAGUAGCUUUUUUUUAACAGGAUGGACAAAGUAGACAACCAAUCAAUGACGGAUGAGUACUUGGAGAAGUAUGCUGCAGAGUUCUGUAUGCAUGAGGAGUUGAUGAAGCCAGCUCGCAAUACCAAAUCACAGUCAUGGGCGCGCAAGCAGGCGCUAUCAAAGCUGGGCGCGGUGUUCGACUGCACAGAGCUCAAGAUGAUCCUGCGGGAGGUGCGAGCGUUCAAGCAGCAGUGUGUGAAUAAGAUGCGCCUGUUGGUGCGCCAGGCACACGGCUCGGGCGACGGCGCACUGGCACUGGCGCCGCCCUGGCUGCAAAAGCUGAACAGACCCUUCGACCUCGUGACCGCCGCGCUGAAGCUGGAGAGCUUGUACGAGGGCCCGCAGACUCACGGUCCGCGUGUCAACCAGUUCACCUGGGACCUGUACUGUAGCGUGCGCACCGCCGUGCAGGCCGCUUCUUGCGCCCACGACGCGGCCGCAUUGCUGCGCAACGGCGCCGUGGCUGAGUUCGCUGAACAGAAGGGCCUGGGCUUCGAAACCGUGCGCGAUAUAUGGCGCCGCGUGUACGACUCAGCGCUCGUCAAGCUUCGAGAUGCGUCCCGCGCGGGCGACCGACCUGUCGCUGCCGGGCCCAAGUGGCUCGACUGGCGCAUCAUAGACUUGGCGCUGCUUUACUCGCGCGAGAACGUUGUUGUGCGGUUAAGCUUUUCAAACCCUGCGGAAGUGGAGGCGAUGUUGCAGCUGUAUAAGCUGAUGAGCGAAGCGCACGCUCAGCUGGAAAAGGCCAGAGCAUACGACCAGAGCACCACCGCGACUACCACCACUACCACCACCACCGCCGGGAUACCACUAGCUGAAGAGGCAAGAACUGCCACCGAUCAAACCCAGAUCGAGCGCCAAGUUGAAAAUGGCGCCCAAAAUGGAAUCACAGACCGUAAUGGCACCGGGCCCUCGUGUAGCAGUGCGGGCGAUGAUGGGACAGCAAACCCCGUGCCCAAGAAGCCGCCCGACGAGCUGGUGUGGGAAAGCGCUGACACCUGGACCAAAUUGCAUGCAGAUUACUGUAAGAGCCGUCGCGCCGUAUCGCUGGUGACUCUCCAGCGGCGCUGGUUCGAGCUAAAGGUGCUAGCGCGGCGAGGUAUACUGUUCGCCGCAAAGGACCCUAACCAGGCACCGCACCCGCUGCUGCUGGCAAUCGUCAAACGGUUUCCACACGUAGUGACGUUGCCGCCGGUGAGCUGGUCGCAACUGGUGGAGGAAAAGCGUAUCUACGUUGACGACUUUGUGACGCCGGUUCAAACGGAAUCAACAAAGACUGAGGAUCCAAAUCCCGCAUUAACGAUGGAAUUGAUAGACGAGUUGUUGGAGUGGAGCGACGACGAACCUGAAAUAGUAGAAACCGAUCAGAACCAGUGCAUACAAAUAGAUUCAGACACUGAGCAAGAUGCUGAUUUACCGACAGACAAAACACUCGGAGCGUUGAACACUGAACUCCACCACAAUGAUACGAUAACACUACAAGAUACUAACACUACUAGCAAAGAGUGCACACCGACUGAAGAAACAUCGACUGUAACUAUAUCUGACCAAUUAGAUAAUAGAUAUACAAAUACGACUAUCGAAACUCAAACUGCUCACCAACAACACUCCCCACAGUUAGAUGGCAUUGACGCUAAACUAAAAGAAAAUCCAGAAAAUAUUAUAGAACCUAUUAUUCCAACAAAAUCCAAAUCCAGAAUCAAGUUUGAAGAUGAAGACGAUUUAGAUCAAUUAUGCAAUUUCGACACAAACCAUGAGAGUCUCAGUAUGUUAAUAGAUCAGAUGGUAAACACAAACUAUAAAACUAAACCGAUAGAAAAAGAUAAAAGUGUUGAAGUUAAACACGAAAAAGAACCUGACAAAAGCACGAGUCAUCCAAGUUUUAACGUUAAAGUUAAAAUGGAACCUGUCGAACAUUCAGUAGUAAAUAGUGAAAGUGUUACUUCAAACUCAGAAUUACCCCAGAAAUCCAACGAUGAACACGAUAGACCGAUAUCGGUUCUAAAACAAAUGUUAUUAGAAAAUGACUAUAGAAAAGUUCCUAAUGAAUUCAAUGAUACGUUGUAUACACAAGCAGAAAAGGAAGCUGUCUCUACAUGUGGAGAGAAGAUUCCAACUGAAGUGAACAGUGACCUGAGUGAGCAGUGCAGUGAGGACGGGAGUGCGUGCAACUAUAUUGACGAGAAGCUGUUGAAGUUGUCCCGUGUGGUCCUGAUUCCGCUGGAGCAGAUCCCGGCGUGGCAGUUCGCGCGGGGUACCACCAUCGACUGCCGCCGGUUUUGCGUGGAGCGGUUCUCCGCGCCCGUUGCUCUCAGCCCGCGGCAACUGAAUGGGGCGCGACGGUACAGACCAGUGUGGAUCCCGUCUGACGACGCGCCCCCAGGGGUCUCUCGCGUGCUUCAGGCCCGCUUUAGUGACAUGCCACACGAGUACAAGGUAAUAAGGAGGAAGCUAAUGUCGCGCCUGCGCCUAUCGCGCACCUCUCUCUCCACCGGCUUUUGGAGCUGUGAGCGUAACGUGGCCCUGCUUCGGCAGUGCAAGCCGGUGCACGUGGCGAUAGCGCGACUCGCCCGCGUCGUAAAGCGCGUAGAGCUCGCUGACAUCGAGGAGGUGCGCCGCAUGAACAGGUCCAUCCUCACCGCGCAGGUGGCGCCCAUUAGUGUGGAGUCACAGAACGAUCCGAACAUACCGUCUGACACAAGCGCACUGCCCUCUUGGGAUAUCCCCGAGGCAGGUGGCAGCGUUGCUCCGCCGCCCAGCGUAAAAGAAAUCAGGAAGAUGAUCAAGACACUCGCGAUCCCCAGUAUCACGGCGAUGCGCCUAGCUAACGCGAACCUGCAGGCGCAGUCGGAGCACGAACGCAUUAUGCUGAACUACCGCGAGGAAGAGAGAGCCAGAGCGCAGCGCGACGAAAACAAGCGGCUGGACGGCGACAUACGCCACCUCGUAAGGUCGCUCGGCGAGGGCGAGUGCCAACAGAAGGCGAAAAAAAUAGUCAAGAAGGUUCUUGUACUUAGCGAAGAUGAAAAACCCUUGCCUGACGCGUACCAGGAGUGGCAGAGACAGAAGACGCUCGUACACAAGUACUUCAAUUUCCACACGCCCCAACAAGCUGGAAAUAAAACAACAGCAAGCAAAGUUCUUAAAACGGGCACUAAAGAUGAUUCAAAGACAAAUACGUAUCGAAACAAAAUUGAUCUUAUGAGCGUUAGCGAUGACGAAGAAUCCCUGACCCGUAAUGAUUUAAUAGGAGAUCUGAAAAAAGAAAACCAAUCAGUUAAUGAUGCCAAAAGAUCACGUUCUGAUAAAGAAACAAGUCAUUCAUUCAAACGUGUUAAACUUGCUCAAGACACUGCCCAAAAUGAUAAUGCAGACAAAUCUACAAAAGACAUUGCUCAAAAUAUUAAUGAUGGCAAAGACCAAAGUAAUGACAACGAUUCUGAUGAUGAAAAUAGAAUGAUAAUCGAUGAAGGAAUAGAGGAUUGUUGCAAUGAAGAUGACACUUUAAUUUUAACCGAUCCUUUGCCAACUAGGCCUUCAUAUCUAGCCGAUUCACAGCUCACAGUAUGGCCUUCCAAUGCUGUGUCGAGACUAGAUGAGCAUCACGACACAUCGAAAAACAUCGUUUAUGUUAUUAAAAGUACUAAAAAAGACUAUAUAGCCAAAGGUUUAACAAUCAUACCUACAACUUCGAUUAUCAACACUGUACCUAGAACAGAUAGCGUUACACUAAACACUGCUUUAAUGACACCUGUUAACACUGGUGUGGUCAUCAUAGCAACCACUUCGACUCCUAACACUGCCAUGGUGCUCGGAGGCACAUCUUUUAGGCAGACAACUUUUCCAACUACCUGUAUAAACACCGAUGCCAUACCGACCGCUUCGGCUUUCAACACUUUUAAACUUCCCGAUGAUGUGUCUCUUACGCUGAACACUCCUGUGACGACGUCUGUUAACACAAUGUUGCCUAAAUUGUCUUUUAUCAAGUCGGGGACGGAAACUAUACGCAAAGAAUCUGCGCCAAUUAAAGCGCCAAUGCGUACUCCACGACCGACACAACCGAAAUCUGCACCGAUCUCGCCUAGUAAACGUAAACAUACGGAUCGUGAAAUACUAAAACGGUCGCGACCAGGACCUCUUUCAUCGAAACCUAAAAUAAUCUCUAUUAUUUCGCAAGCAACAACAAAAGAAGGUUUCAGUAGCAAUACACCUCUAUCAAAAGGGGAUGAGACAAUCGACCACGAAGGUGCCUUUGCAGCAAACGACGCAACCAAAAAGCAAUUGAUUCCGAGAAUAGUAAGUACUGCUUCAUUAAAACAAAUUGUAACGGAAAUCAACAAACCCUCGACCGCUGAAAUCGACCCAGGAACUAAUACUGACGCUAAGGAAAAUCAUUCAAUGCCGAAAAUUUCUGAUAAUCCAAAAUAUUUAACAUCAAAUAAAACGGAAAAUAAUGAGUUGCCAUUUCCAACGAUGUGCACAACUCAAACAUUGUGCCUCGAAGUCGGACCAAUUCAAAGGCAUUCAGAUAUAAGUAAACCCGUGAACAUAAUAACCAGUAACAAAACUAAUGAUGUUAGGGAAACUAUAUGUUUAGAUUCUGAUGAUAGUGACGAGAUCAAAAAAUUUGUCGACUGUACUUCGAUUAAAAAAGGAAUAAUCGAGGUCGAUUCUUCAUCCAAUGAAAGCGAGUCGAGAUUUGUAGAACCACCAUCUGAAAUUAAUGCCGCAGACUUAGUUCCACCGAAAACAAUAUUUGAGGGACAGGACUCAGAUCUAGUUCUAAAAGCCUCAGUAACAAAAGUUGCUCAAAAAACACGGAACGCCAUUCAUAUUCCGGCAAAGAUAACUGCAAAUACGACCUCAAAAGAACUCCUUAGAUUGCCCCCAGACGAGUUGGCGCGACUGCUGGAAGAUGAUGGUAACGAAGCAGAUACGGACAUGACAAGGGAGAAAAAAACUGAAACAUCGACCAAUACAACUCCGCGGGCAUUCUUGCCUAUAAAGAUCAAAAAGGAGAAGCGGUGGGCACAGGAACUUUCCAUUGGCGGUAGGGGCAGCGAGAAAGUGUGCACAAAGGGAGCGGUGAUCAAAAAUGAGCCUGGAGUUACUCCCAAAACGAAUAGCACAGGAAAAGAUGGGGUCCCGGCGGAAACUGCAGAGCUUUUUCUACAAGGCGUUCCUAGUGCAAGUGUCAUGAAGUCGACGCUUCCCGAUGUGAUCUGCAGCGACGUCCUACCUGAGGAGUAUGGUGACGAGCGCAACUUCCUCACCAUAUGCGACUUCGCGAAAACGGAAAUCGACGUGAUGGAGUACGUACGCCAAGUGCAAGACCCCGAGGAGCCGCUGCUAAAGGUGGACUUGACGCAGCCGCUAUGGCUGCUGGCCGACAAGUACCUGUUGCUGACAGACGCUGCUGUUAACUUCGAGAACCCGAUUUUCGUCACCAGCCACCGCGCCGGCACGCUGGCACCCUACUGUGCCGUGCGCUUCCCCGAUCGCACCAACAACAAACAAAUACUGAACUUGGGUGCGAAGAAAGGCCGGGACGUGAUGAUCUGCGGCUGCAACGGAAAAAACAGCUGCUUGCUGUGUCAGAGCAUCGGGGAGCAGGACGGCCGCGCGCCCGAAUUCAUGAUCUACAAGCCCAAGUUCCGCAAGGUCUGCCACGCGUGCGGCGUCGACCCGAAGAGCGAGCGCGCCCGGCUUUUCACGAUAAAGCAGCGCCCCUAUCGCAAGAUCGGCGACCGGCCGUUGAAGUUCGUGAUGGUGGACGUGUCGCGGCUCUGCGGCGUGUGCCGGGACGGCGCACAGUUCGUAGCGCGGCCGGACGCACUGCUCAUCAACAGCAAACACUACGAGAAGAUAAGCGACGAGCCGCUCAUGUACGCGCCGGUGCUCUGCGUACUACAGAGCGCGGAGAGUGCGGCGCGGCUGACGACGCUUGACUCUGAGCUGUUCCUGCUGAACGUGCACACGGCGCGGUGGAACCGCGUGCUGUUCCGGCCCGACGGGCGCUUCGGCCCCUUCAACGCGGCCGUGCGAACGCUCAUGACCAAGAUGGACCGCGAGGAGGUGGACGCGUGGUACCGCCGCAAGCUCGAUAGCAAGCAUGGCGCACCGCUGUAGGGUGAGCCAACUACAUUCCAUUACAAAUUUGCGAUUGCGAUUUUACAGAAGCCACAUGUUGUAAAAAAAUAUCAACAUUACGUAAACUUGCUUAUUUGUACUGUAUGCUCUAAGUGUUGAAACAGUGAGAUGACAGAGGAAACUGGACCUAAUUUCAAUAAUCUAAUGCCUGUUUUCAAUAAUGAUUUACACGCAAUUUCUGAGUAAGUAACAACUAAUCUAUCUCUUCGAUAAUCGAGAUUCUAGGCAUACAUUUCACCAAUUCAUUUUCACAGGGAAACUGCUGUAACCUAACUUCUCUAUGAUUCUUGCCAUUAUUGUCGUAUUGUGUGUUUGUAUCGUCAUAUUUUUCAGUUUUCGUAUUUUUUAAGGUUAUUAUAAAAAAUAUGUAUAUAUUUCCAUCUGUCAAGUGUCGUUUACGAAAUCUCUAAACAUUACUUACGAACAAAUCGGUGUCGGAACUUUAGAUGGCGCCUAGCGUUGUCAGUCAUUAUUUAUGAAUUGGUGAAACGUUUAUUUGUCUCUAGGCAUCACCUUAAUCAUUAGGCAUGCGAUUUAAGCGUUUCUUAGGUUUAGUGAGAACGUCAUUUCACAAACUCUAAGAUUACCCAUCCCGGUGAUUAAGUUCUAUUUUACUCUGACGUCACAAUGAGUCGAUACAAUAAAGAACCUUUGCGUUCGCAAAACUAUGUAAAUAUGUUUAAACUAUUACUGUAUAGAACUCGAAUCUUUUAUGCCACUGAGUACUCAAGACUGUGUAAGGCAUUUUUGUGUUAUAUUUUUGUCGUCUACGCGGCCAUAGCGUGCCUACGACUAUGUAAUUAUAAGUAAUUCUUAAUGUGUAAGAGACAAAGAUCUUUAUAGAAUUUAUGUAGAUAUUUUAUCUAAGUAGCAGUAUUAUCCCUCCUUAAGGACGCCACUUUGCCCAAAGGCUGGGCAUGUUACAUACCAAAUACAAAACCACUAAUAAUAAUUUAUGAAUAAUUUUUAUCGCACACUGUUCUUAAAGCUCACAUUUACAUAACAAUUCGCUGGAACAUGUUGUGACUUCCGUGUUAGUCUUGCCAUACUAAUAGCAUAUAAGCUUUUGAUUCACGAGAGCCUGGGUUCGAUUCCCUUUCGGGUCAAAAAGUUAGACUAUGUUGGUAAAAACAAUAUUUGCCUGGGGUUGAAAGAAUUGGAGUUGUUCACAGACCUAACAGCCUAAAAGACCGGGCCUAGGUCUGAUAGGCUGUCGGUUUCGGUAAUUAUCACUAACGAGUGAUAUUGGUCAUUGAAGCCCACAAACCCGCAUUGAAACAGCAUGUAAAAAGAGAGAGAGAGAUGGAGAUGUUAAAACUGUAAAUUCCACUGGCCUAAGAGAGAGGCGAGUUAAAUAGGCCGAAGUCAGUGGUGAUAGUGGGACAUGUAAUUUAGUUUAGUAAGCAGCAUCUGUAGUGUUUUUUUAAUAUACUAUCCUACAGUGUAUGAACAAUCCUUUCAUUAAUUUUAAGUAUAAAAGUUGUUUAAUAAAAGUAGCUAAGAACACAAGAUAUGUGUUCAAAUAAAUGUGAAUAAAUACAUAGCCUAACUUUUCUUAUUAUGUAUUUUUUA